AUGGACGUGACAACCAACGAACGCGAACGCCAACGGACCCCAGCGGCUAAGAGCCAGACGGACAUGCAGUCGCAGUCGCAGUCGCAGCCACAGUUCCAACAUGGCAACAUCGGCUCAUCUGCAAUAUGCAAACCUCCAGGCACUUCAGGCAAGCCGGAACUCGUAAUUCCCUCUCCACUGGCAGUCACAUCUCAGCUUUCUCCUCGCCGACACAACUCGAACUCUCGCCAUCACAUCAUGUCAUCUUGUGCCUCCCUUCUCCUCUUUGUAGCUACUGCCCGCUGCGGCGCUGCAAUCCAGUCUCUUCCCUUCUCCUCUCCUCUCGUGCAUAUCCCCGUUUGGGUCAGCGACACGGACCAGGAGUCGACGACCAAGACGACAUGGGUCUUUCUCAAUGUAACCCUCCCCUGCUCGCCAGUGCGCUUAUCCGCUUCUCGUCGGACCUGCGUCUGCAACACCCAUGCCAGCCAGGGACCAAGGCCUCAGUGCACAUCACGGCCAUCCUCCGCUGCCGCUAACAACUCGGUCUUUGAACCGUCCAAGUAUCCAGAACAACGACCGCUGCUUCCCGGUCUAAGGACCUCUCAGCAGAAGGGAGGCUCUGCUCCGUCUGAGCCUACACAAAGUGGACCACUACAUAGCCAUCAUACGGUAUACUCGGGAAGUCCUUCUUCGCCUCGGGACGGUGGCAGACUGAUUGAGCGUGGACGAGCAGCGACGCUCUGCAUUUACGAGAUUGCAAUAUUACUAACCCUGGCCGGCAGGCCGUCAAAGCCUAAUGCAAAGAUCUCGCCAACUCAACCAAAAUGGCCCGUCCGUACCGAGAACAACUUGCUUUCACCCCUGGCUCUCGUCUCGAUCCUCCGCACGCCCAGAGUAGAGAGGCUGAUCAUGGCUGAAGCUCGGCGGAGUCGAUCUGGCUAA